UGACUCACUAACAUGCUCUAUAACAACUUAUUUUCAUACCUGAAAAAGAAACUCUAAUAAUUUAAAAGGCGAGUCGGUGCAUGAGAUUCUCAUUAUAUCAAGGUCUAGGGUGGGUAAAAUGGACACAGAUGAACCCGCAUUCCUGAAGGGACUGUUUUCGUGACUAAAAUCCGCGCCAUCAGAAACGCUUUUGUCAAGCCUCACCGUUUGGUCAAAAUACACCAUUCGAUAGAUUAGCUAGUGGAUGCAUUGAUUUGUUCAUGGAAUUACCACUUAAUUCUCUAAAAAUGAAAACUCGUGUUGUAAAGAAAAAUUGCAAUCCUGUGUGGAAUGAGGAGUUGACUCUUUCUAUUAAGGAUCCAAAUGUUCCAAUCAUCCUUACAGUGUAUGACAAAGACACAUUCAGCGAUGAUGACAAAAUGGGCGACGCGGAGAUAGACAUCAAACCAUAUAUAGAGUGCAUGAAGAUGGGAUUGGAGAACCUCCCAACUGGUACUAAAGUUGAUAGAGUUCAGCCAAACAGGACAAAUUGCCUAUCUGAUGAGAGCUGCAUUAUAUGGGACAGUGGAAAAAUGUUCCAAGACAUGUCUCUUAGACUGAGGAACGUAGACCGUGGGGAAGUAGAAAUCCAAAUCCAAUGGAUCGAUCUUCCAGGUCAUAAGAGGUAUGCAUAGUAUAACACGUAGUUGUGCUAUCAGUAAGAAGGGAGUUGCUUCCUUUUGAGGCCCUUUCUAGCAUGCGCUUUAGUUUGAUUGCAGCUAGCAUUCUUGACUAAUAAGGUAAAAAUUGAUUUUCUUUUGUUGGAAUAAAACUUCGCUCUUUACAUUUUUUGAACAUUGAGAUUGUCACUGAUAAAUUAAUCUGUUGUCUUCCAUUUAUUUCCACCUCUUUCUAAUUCAUAUUUGCUAAUUUGGGUAUCUAAAAUUAGCAACUAUGUUAUGGUAAGUAUGAAGAUAUCCUUUUGUAUUUGCA